UGAUUUCUAGUUUAUAUCAAACGCUAUUCAAGUACGGUCACCAAAUUAAAUAGGAAUUGUCGUUAAUUCGAGAUUGAAUAUUUGUUAAUAAUUAUAAAAUUUGUGGAUAAUUUGAAGUGAUAUUAGAAUUUUAAAUGACAACAGAAACAACGCUAAAUCGAAAGAUUGUAGCUGCUUUUUGUUUUAGUCCAGUGACGUAGUGUUGAACGAAUCGAGCCAUCGAGGACCCUUUCACAAAUUCUAAAAAAAUAUAAAUGCUGCCAGCCGGUUCUAAAGGCAUGGGUACUUCUGACUAUUACCUUGAACGUGUCGGCCUAGAAGGAAACCUACGGUUGAGAUUGAAUUUAAAAAAAGGAAUAAAUGCAAUUGGUCGAGCGGGCAGUCGGAGUGCAAUUGAUUUCGGCAUCGAUUCAUCACGCUGUUCGGCACUCCAUUGCGAAAUAACUGUUUCUGGUAAUUCAGUAGAGAUCGUCAAUAAAAGUAAAACAGUUGGAACGACUGUCAACGAAAUUAAACUGACCGAGCACAGCUUACAACUAAAGGAAAAUGAUAUCAUCGGAAUUGUACGUGGUAUUGAGAUACCGUGGGACCUUACCGGAAACUACAAUUUGUUUGUCUAUCGUUUAUGUCGAUACACCAGCGAGAAUCUUCUGACGAUAGAAAUCGACGAUGAUGAGACCUACGAAAUAAGUGACGAUGAAAAUCCGUAUGACGACGACGUAAUUAUCGUGGAUCCGAUUGAUAUAAAAGUGGAGCACGAUCUGAACAUACAGUUAUCGAGGGACUUAAAUGCAGAAAUCAAGAAGGAAUUGGAGGACAUUGACGAAUCGGAAACGUAUUUUACGCAAAUAAAGCAAGAGCCAUCGAAUUUUUUCGAAAUAGAAACCACCGGCGACAUCGUCAAGCAUGAACCAGCUGACAUUACAACAUUUGAUCCGCAUCAGCCGAAUGAGGAUUAUAAUCCAGAGAUGCUUCGACGUGAAUCGAAUGAUUCUACCGAUACGUUGAUCUUUUCUCCGAGUCACGAACAAGACGAUGAACAUGGUGUAGAAUACAAUUCAGAAGGUGCACCAGUGAACAUACGCCUCCAUUCCGAUGACGAAACAAUAGAAAAUGUGAGAUUGUUCGUAGAACAGGAAUUUGAGGUCGAUACAGCCGAAAUAGAUAGAUCGAGGAAAAAAGAUGUUCCGGAGAUGGUCGUUGAUAUUAAGCAAAUGGACAAACGACACAAGAGAAGUGGUUCGAAUGAUUCUACCGAGACGUCGAUAUUUUCUCCGACUCAUCAAAGGCAAGAUGAGCGAAGUAACCAAUGCAAUUCAAAAGAUACACCGGUGAAUAAACAGACCCUUUCCAAUGGCGAGACGGUAGAAAAUGUCAAAUUGGUCGUAGAACGGAACUCUGACCGCGUAGCAGCUGAGGCAGUUGAAAAUGUUAAGAGAAAGGAUGGUCCUGAGCUCGUUGAACCAAAACCAAUGGGCAAACGACAGAAGAAAAACGUAAACGCAAACGAAAACAAGAGCGACCGAUCUCAAACGGAGAAGACAACCGCAACUGUGAAGCGAAAAGAAAAGCCGAAAAUAGCAAGUACUUCGACGCCGGCCAAAUCGAAUGAAAAAUCGACAGCUAAAACAUUAGCCAAAGUGAAAUACACCAAAGAUAACCGUGGAGCAUUCUUAACUGAUCCGACUCAGAUGCCUGGUUUGCCAACGCCUGUGAAAGAGCGCAGAAAAAGUAUAUUCGCCACGGUGCCACCAUUACGACCAUCAGUACCGCCGGUACCAAUUAACGGAAGCAAUACCAACGAUGCAGAAGUCGAUGAGGUUGUUUCAAAAUUGAUCGACGACGUUUCAAAAUUGAUCGACGACGACGCAAAAUAUUCGAGCUACAAAAUUAAGAAACUGUCCUUCAACGAUCUUCGAAAGGCAGAUGUUUAUGACGCGUCAUGUAAUUCCCCUGUUCAUCAAAAUGGUGGAAGUACACCCAAUUCCGGUUACAGCGAAAAAGUUUCUCGCCCGAAAACAGGCAAUGUUUCCAUUAACGAAUCGUUUCCUAAUCAAACUGGCUUUGAUACUGACAUAUGUAGUGUGCCGGAUGGAAGAACGGGCCAAAACGAACUCAAACAUAAGCAGACACCGCAGCCACACAAUGAAAGAGCUUACCAAAUUAAUCCUUGCCACGAAGUCAUAUCCAUACUGACGUCCUAUGAUUACGAACAAUUUAAGACAGUUGACACAUUCUGCCAGAGCAUCGAUACAAACGUUCAGUCAUUCGGCGAUAAGUUUGAUGAUUUCACGGAAUAUCAAGGAAAAAUUCUGCCGCUGAUGAUGUUGGAAUUGUACAAAGAAAUUGAACUGGAAUACCAGAAUUCCAUGAGUCAAGAUUUUCUCAAUGUGGUCGUGAUGGACAAGAACCUUGAACGGAGGGGAGAAGGACGCCGAAUGGUAUUUCACUGUCAAGUCGAAAUUUCAUGCAGAUCGAAAUAUUUGUUCGAAGGCCACCUAGUGCUAGCUCGUUGUGAUUGGAAUCGAAAGAAAAUCGAAUUUCUUGCCAUGAUUUCGUCCAUUUCGUAUGUAGGGAAAACAGAAAACCUAAGGCUCGCCUAUUUUACCCUGGAAACAUCGGUACUCAAUGAAUCGAUGCCGGUGGAAUCCCUUCAAAUCCGAGCUAUUACUGUGAUAUCAAAUACAUUGAAUGGAUUCCGGUCAAUUUACAGUUUGCACAGUUCACCGCUCUUGAACUUGAUACUGAAUCCGUUGUCCACUCAGCUUUCGCCAAAACUGAAUGCUAAGGUCGCCUAUAAAGGAUACACAAAUUCGUUGGACACCGACCAGAUGUCAGCGUUGAAGGAAAUCUAUAACCGAUGUAAAAAUCUGAAUGUUCCCAACAUAUCACUCGUCGACGGAGCAUCCGGUACUGGAAAAUCAUUUUUGAUUUCCGAUUUGGCUCUUCAACUGGUCUAUGGUGACAGCUUGCCCAAACCGUUGAGAAUAUUGAUUUGUUCGAGGAGCAAUCGAAACAUUGACGAAAUUACGAGGAAAUUGCUGUACGUACGGGAUAGAACUGUCGCCGCACAGAAAAUCCAAUUGGUAAGAUUCGGUUUACUGGAACAAAUCGACUUGGAGUGUCGAUGUGUAUCCGUACAGUAUAUGAAGGAAAACGAACAACGUUUCAUUCAAUUGGCUAACAUUGAGAAACUAGAAAAAGAGAAAAAGACAUUGGAACUGAAAGUUCGAGCUCUACAUUUGGACGAUGAAAACGAUAAUAAAAUGGAACUGAAGCUCUGGAAGAAUAAACUGAUCAAAGUAAAUACUCUCCUCGGUCGAUUGAGAGCAAUUGACAAAACUAAGCUUGGAGAUGCGACAACUAUCUUGUUAAACGCUUGUGACAUAAUAUGCACUACGCUGGGUAGUAUCACCAAAUUACAAAGCUUCAUUCCUCAUGUCGAUGUGUGCAUAAUUGACGAAUCAUCUCGGUGUAAUGAGGCAUUAACAUUGCUACCGUUGCGAUUCGGUAUGUCUUCGUUAGUGUUGUUCGGAGAUUCCUCUUUGGCUCCACCAGUAGUUUGUUCCCAAGUGGCAAAUGAGUUAAACUACGGAAAUUCAUUGUUUCGUCGUAUAUAUAAACUGUAUUCGAGUACGCCUGACAGCCCAAUCUUCCGACUAAAUAUUCAACAUCGAAUGCAUCCGGAAAUUGGAAUGUGGCCAAAUGCUUAUUUCUACAACAAUGUACUACAUCAGGCGCCCUCAAACUUAUUGGACAAUUUACCGAUCGUUCCUUACAAACUGAUAUCGUAUGCUCCCGGAAUGGAAAGCGACAAUAUUAUGUUCGUGGUCAAUUAUUUGUGCAACAAUAUCGAUCCAAAUAAGUAUACCAUUGGCGUUAUUUGCACCAACUCGAAAGAUUCCACAGUGAUGCGGAAUAAACUGAGUGAUCAUCCGCAGGUUGGAGUUUACCCUGUAUACGAAUCGCAUUUGGUUGAGAGAGAUGUGGUCAUCAUUUGGAUAAGCAAGGAGCAUGGAAUGUCCCAUUUGGCGGACAGUACAUUGUUUAAUCGGGCUGUUACUCGGGCCAAACGAUCUUUACUGAUUUGUGGAGCCGAUUUGGCAUUGUACAAGAGCCGACCGAUGUGGAAAUCAAUACUGGAAGAUGCGCAAGAAAGAAAACGUUACGUUCACCUCAAAAAAUUUUUACAAUCAAAACUAAACACAUUACUAAGAAGGAAAGUGUAAACGAACAACCAACAAUUGUCCGUUAGAUUUGUUAAUUAAAAAUAAAAACCAAAAUUAAGUUUAUACGAAUGAAUCGUUGGACCGAAA